UAUGCGUUGCAGAAACAGUUGUGUUUUCGUCCUCGAUUGUUGUUCGCAAUGGUCACGUCCGCGCGACGGCAUAAUUCGUACAUCGACAAUUGUCUGAUCUUAUCUUAGGCUUUUGUAUUUGUACUUAGCCUACAAUAGUUAUUAAAAAUUAUACAGAUAAAUCAUUCGUUCAAUCGUUUUUAGUCGUUCGCGUGUGGUCAUUUUGUGGUGUAAACACGUUAAUUGAUCAGUGCGAAUGAUAGUGGAUACUACAAUAUCGUACAAUAUGGCUAUGAAAUAAACAUAGUUACUCAACUUAGUUGAAGGAAUAUAAUGCGAAUUUGUUCUGGCCCGGUAAAUUACAAACUCCGUCCCAGAGUGACAUGUACAGCAGUCAAUCACAAGGUUUGUGUUCAGAACGGCUGGUGGCUGAUGAAAGUGUUGCUAUUGUCACGCAUCACAAAAAACGCAAGCUGGACCAAUUACACAAUGCCGCUUGCGGCACAGAAAACUACCAUCAUAAUAAGUACAAAUUGAGUUCAUUACACCAUCAUUACGAGCCAAUAGUUGAGUUAGUUUCUUAUGAACCAAUAAAAUAUCGUAAACAUCAUGGUACUUCAAAUGCUCCAUCCAACAUAAAGAUCAGUCCAUCUUCUGCCCACAAUCAAAAUUUCAUACGAGCAUCAACCAUAAAAUUAUUAGAUACAUACCAACGCUGUGGACAAAAGCGCAAGUCUUGUGAAGGUGGUGUAAUUAAUGGUGUUGAAUCAAGUGGAGCUGGAGGAGCCAAUAUUACAUCAACGACAACUACUACUACAGCUACAACUGGACAACAAGGAAAACAGGGUGCUGAUGGUGAUUAUCAAUUGGUUCAACACGAAGUUUUGUACUCAAUGACGAACCAAUAUGAAGUUCUUGAAUUUUUGGGAAGAGGAACAUUUGGCCAAGUUGUAAAAUGUUGGAAAAAGGGAACAAAUGAGAUUGUUGCUAUUAAAAUAUUAAAAAAUCAUCCUUCUUAUGCUCGACAAGGUCAAAUUGAAGUAAGCAUUUUAUCUCGACUUAGUCAAGAAAAUGCAGAUGAAUAUAAUUUUGUUCGUGCCUAUGAGUGUUUCCAGCACAAAAAUCAUACAUGUCUGGUUUUUGAAAUGUUAGAACAAAAUUUGUACGAUUUUCUUAAACAAAAUAAAUUUAGCCCUUUACCAUUAAAAUUUAUUCGGCCAAUAUUACAACAAGUGCUUACUGCCCUUCUAAAGUUAAAGGACUUGGGUCUCAUUCAUGCAGACUUAAAACCAGAAAAUAUAAUGCUGGUGGACCCUAUACGCCAACCAUAUAGAGUUAAAGUUAUAGACUUUGGUAGUGCUUCCCAUAAAAGUAAAGCUGUUUGUAAUACAUAUUUGCAGAGUAGAUAUUACAGAGCUCCUGAAAUAAUAUUAGGAUUACCAUUUUGUGAAGCAAUUGAUAUGUGGAGUUUAGGAUGUGUAGUUGCAGAGUUGUUCCUUGGUUGGCCAUUAUAUCCAGGCUCAUCAGAAUAUGAUCAAAUUCGUUACAUUUGUCAAACACAAAAUUUACCUAACCUAGAUAUGUUAACUAAUGCCUCUAAAACAUCAAAGUUUUUUUAUCGUGAUGUUACUUAUCAAAAUAAUUGGAGACUCAAGAUAAUGGAAGAACAUGAAGCAGAAACCGGAAUAAAAUCUAAAGAAGCAAGAAAAUACAUUUUUAAUUGCUUAGAUGAUAUUGGGCAAGUAAAUGUACCUACUGAUUUGGAAGGCGGUGAACUUUUAGCUGAAAAAGCUGACAGACGUGAAUUCAUUGAUCUUUUAAAAAGAAUGUUGUCCAUGGAUCCGGCAAAUAGAAUCCAUCCUAAUAUGGCUCUUGUUCAUCCAUUUGUUACUCUAGCUCAUUUGGUAGAUUUUGCUCGUUGUGACAAUGUAAAAGCUAGUGUACAAAUGAUGGAAGUUUGUCGACGUGCUUUACCAGAUCAUCAUUCAAGUACUGGUCAAGCUGUUUUAGUUCCAGCUACAAAUGCUAAUGUCACAUUUGCUUUUAAUAAUCAGUAUCAGUUGUACAAUAGUCGCUCAAUGGCUCGUCAGUAUGGCAAUAGUUCUAAUCAGCAUCAUACUCAACUUUCUAUUUUAUGUUCUGCUGGUCCUGGAGCAUAUCAAACUGGAACGUCACCACCAAAACAUGUUGCUGUUAUGCCUCCCCCACCUCAUCCUUCACAACUUCAAAUUCAACACUCUACUAGCUUACUUGCUCAACAGUCUGGAGGUGGCCAGCAACAGUAUGUACCAGUAUCAAUGGUUGAUGGUAGUCGUCAAAUGAUAGCUACAUGGCCUGCACCCCCAGCACCUCAUCAUCGUCAAAUGGCCAUUGUGCCUCCACCAGGUGCAGGCGCACCAUCAGGUACUUGGCAUUCAGCAUCAGCUGCAGCAGCCGAUUGGGCUACAGCUUCUGGUCCUAGACCUCUCAUAGUAGAUUCUACUACUGCAAUAUUACAAGAUCAACGUUCAGUGGCCUUUACUACAGCUGAUGUUUAUGAUAGUAUUAUAGAAAGUCCUACUGUUGUUGGAACAAUUUGGGGUAGUUCAGGUAAUAAUGGAAAAUCACGUUCAAACAAAUCUCAUUUAGCUGCUUCACAGUCUCACCAUCAUCAUUCUCUUUCUUCCUUCAAUCAUCAAGCACCUUUAACUCAUCAUCAUCACCAUCUACGGCAAGAUAAAAAAGAGUCUGUCAUAAGUACAACAAAUCAACUCAGCCCAGUUAAAAAACGUGUUAAGGAAGGAACUCCUCCACAAGAAUAUGAAGGGAGAAACAAUAGAGGAAGUCUUAAUCAAGAAAAUGUUCCUAACUGGCAUCAACCUUCACCUAGCUACAAACAACCAGUAUGUUAUGAUAUACAGCAUGUUUUUGAACUCAAUGUAGAACUAUAUAAAGUGGGGAAUAUUAAACAACACACAAUAACAAUUCAUGACACUCCAUCUCCUGCUGUAUCAGUUAUUACAAUAUCUGAUAGUGAAGAUGAAGCUUCAACUAAAGGUAUUGAAUUAAAUAUUAAAGCAAAUCGUAAAAAUGUCAUAUCUUGUGUCACUGUUGGUGAAAGUGAUAAUGAAGAUCAUGUGUUAUCAAAGCAUGUACCAUAUCAUCAAAAACAUCUUCAGGGUUUGCGUUCUACUCCAGUUAUUUAUCAACCUCAAUCAAAAAGUUCUAAUAUACAGAAUGGAGAAUUUUUACAGUGUCAAAACAGUCCUUCUAGUAUUGAAUUAAGUGGUCAAUAUUCAUCAACUAAUACUUCAGCCAAUAAUAAUUCUCAACAACCAAUAUAUAUGCCCCAGUUACCAAGUGAAAUAAAACAUGAACCACACUUAAGUUCUUCCCAUAUUAAUAAUACCCUAACUCAGUCACAACUCAAACGAAUGGUAUCUAAAGUACAACAUACCCAUCAAAAUCAAGACUGUAAUAUUUUUAAUUCACCUGGAACAAAUAAACAAGAAUUACCUCAAGCUAUUGAAUAUUAUUGUAGUGGAGCUAAUUGUAAAGAUCCUUAUCAUUAUGUUUCGCCACAUGAUCAGCAUAUAGUAUAUGCUAGUGAUAAACGUUUAUCAUAUGCAAUUCCGUCAGCUCACAAACGUAAUAUAACAAAUCCUUUGGACUAUCAACUACAACCUCCUGUAGCCCAUUCUAGUAGGGAUUCUCACAUUAUAACGGCUCCUAAAACAGCAUGGACUCAACAAGCAAUACCUGUACAUCAAGCUUAUAGGAGUCAUGUGCCUGAUUAUACAACUGCCCAUCUUUCUCCGCAAGCUUUAGGAGCUAAUCGUGGGUUAUCACCUCUUGCAGGUCAACCAUUAUACCAUCAAAGUGAUAUUUACCGCCGACAAGCGGUUUAUGUUACUACUGGGCAACCACCUACAGCUGCAGCAUAUUUGCCAUCUCCACAAGUGCCUGCUACUGCAUUUACUACUGGACCUAUUCCACCUCCAGCUCAUCAUGCAAGUGCAAGACCUUUAUUAACAACACACGCCACUCAUCCUUUGCCAGCUCAUAUGCAACCUACAGCAGUGUAUGGCUACUUAAGUCCAGCUAAAACUCAUCAUCAGUAUCAACCAUUAUGGUUCACUGAGUAGGGUUUACUACAGAGGUCUGACAACAAUUUAAUGGCAACACUACUUAACAACAAAACAGAACAUCUAGUCGUCAAAGUCAGACCUCUGUAUAUGUGAACAGUAGACUCUGAACUCUUAAGGUUUUCAUUUCCUUCUGUGUACAUAUGCUAUUUUUAUUUUUAAUUUUAAAUGGUACAUUUUUCUUUUCAUAGUACUAUUUUUAAACUAAUCAUUCGUUGAAAAAUAAAACGAAACCAAAAAAUAUGACAUUUCAGACUCAUUUAUUAACACAUAUAUAUUUAUAAAUAAAUUAGUAUUAAACUAAAAUUAAUAGAAAUAAUAAAAAAAACAAAGAUGAUCAGUAAUUUAGAUAUUUACCUUGACUGGUUUUUUUUAUUCAUAAAUAUUGCAUUUUGAUCAACAAUUUUUUUCUUAAUUUUUUAUUUUUACAAACUCAAAUGGCUGUUAAAAAUGUACAAUAAAUCUACAAGAAAAUUACAUUUAAAAGUUCUUAAGUACAUAAAUAUUUCAAGAAUAAAAUAACUAGCCAUAAUAUAAUUUUCUUUUUAAAUAAUAUUAGUGAGACAUAAUUACUUAUUGAAUUAUUUUUAUUUAUUUUUAAACUAUGAAUUUUUAACUAUAGAGGACUAUAUAUAUAAAUAUAUAUUUAUAUAUAUUUGUAUAUAUCAAAAAUAUAUUUUUAUUAUAUUAAUACUUACAAAUAUGUUUGAUUUUUCUAUUCUAUAUUCAUCAUAUUAAUAUUUUAAUUUUUUUAUAAUUUAUAUUUAAGGUAUGAAUAUUACGAUUUUUAAUUAUUUACAGCCGUAUUAUUUAGUUGUCACUGUAAUUUGUGUGUUUUAUUGUUGUGACAUUAUUUUUAUUGGUUUUAUAUACUUACAAGAUUAGAAUAGUUUUACAAUAUGGGUGAUAUAUAGAAUUAGAGUAUUUGUUGAACAUAUUAUUUUUAAGUUUUUAUUUUCAUUAUAAUUGUCACUAUUAGUUAUAACUUUUAUUUUUACUGAUUGAUUACAAAUUCAGAAUAAAGUAUAAAUUAACUAUAUAAAUAAGUAUAACUAACACUAAACUAACAUAACCUUUAUGAAAUAUUAUUUUAUUACUAUUAUCCUUUUUACUAUUUAGCUUUUAAUGGUUGUGGGGUAAAAUACACCUGUAGUACAUAAAAUAUUAAAGAAUGACAGUAUUUAAUUAGUUAAAAAAUUUUAAAUAUUAAAUUGAAAUAUUUGAGUUACUAUUUUAUAUUUACGGUAAAGGGAUAAUUUAAAUCUUUAUAUAAAUAUAAACUAUAAUUAACUAUACUAUAUUAAAUCAAUAUAAAUUAAAUAUAAAUAAAAUAUAUAUUCACGAAAAAAUUCUUAGAUAUUAGUAUUUUUCCACAAAUAAUAGAUAGUUAUAUAAAUAUGUUAUAAUCAAUCUUGAUCAUUGCUUAGUACAAAAAUUACUCAAUUGAAUAUUAAUAAUCAUAAUUACUUAUUUUUUUACUGUCAUUGUAUUUAUUAUAUUAGUAAUAAUUAUUUAAAAAAAAGUCAUUUUAAUAUUUUUGUUAUUCCUCAACAUUAUGAUACACCUUUAUAAAAUUAAACUUGAUAAUAAUUUUUUGAUAUAUGUAUAAUUAUUAAAGUUGUUCUUACAUCUUGCAUUAAAAUAAGUUUGGCAUUUAAAAAAUAAUUUUAGAACAAAUUGUUACACUACAUUUUAUUACAAAAAGGAGCUUUCUCUAUGAUUUUUUUAUUUAAAUUAUCCAUAACUAUGUUCUACACAGUUUUAUUGUGGGAAAAAUGUCAAAAAUUCCUUUAUAUGUGUGUAGUAAAAUUUUUUUUAGAAACUAGUUGAUUUGUUUAAAUUGUAUUUUUUUUUAUAUAAAAAAAAAUAUAUUACCUAUUAAAAAAAAUGAAAAUUAAAAGUGUCUUAUAGGAGAACUAUAUACAAUAGUGCCAUAGAAUAUAAACAUAUAGAUCCAAAAAUAUAACUCAUCUAGUUAAAUUUUAUUUAAAUAUAAUUAAAACUAAACACAAAAAUCUUAAUUUUUCAUUAUAAAAUGAAUUUCUUCUAUAAAUAAAUAAAUAACUGUUUAAACAACUCUGUAUAUUUUGGAACAAACAUUAAACUAAAUAUAAUAUUAUGAGUUCAUUUACAGUCUAUAAUUUUAAAUAAUAGCUAAGAUUAAUAUUUUGUACUUUUACAUUUUCACGUCAUUUAAAUGAUGUGUAAAGUGAUUAUUUUUCAAUGUUUAACAAGAUUUUGCUUAACUUUUUAUUAUUAUGUUUAUUGAAUAAUAAAAUUAUGUAGUAACAAUCAUUAAACUAUUGUCCAUAAUCUUAGCAUUAAUAUUUAGUUAGAUUUUAGGUAACUUUUCAUUAUUGUAUCUUACAGGGAAUUAAAAUAAUUUUAUAUGUGAAUUUAAAUAUUAUUAAUAAACAAUUUUUCAUAGUUUUACGAAAAAAGUGCUUAUUUUAAAAAUAAAUUAUAAUUUCAGACUAAAAUUAAAUAUUAGUGAGAGUAAAAUAUAUAUUUAAUAAUAUUUAUACAUUUAUUAUUGUAGUAAUAACAUAAUUUAUUGUUUUAUAAUUAUAUUAGUUUUUAAUUAUUUGAAUAAUUUAAUAUUCAAUGAACUUUUAAGUUCUUUAAUCAGAAAAACUUAAUGAUUUUUCCUUUAAAAUUUUGAUGAGUGAAACUGUUUUUACUUUUCUUUGCAUACAUUUUUUAUGUAAGAAAUUUUUCAAGUGAUAUACCUCGUAAAAAAUUGUUUAAUAUUUUAUGCUAUUUAAAUACAGUCAAAUGUAUUUGAUGUCAUAAUUGAAUUCAUAAUUUGAAUAAUGACUUAUAUUUUCAAUUUUUAACUAUAGUCAUUAAAAAAAUUGUCUUGUAUAAUAAUUAUUAAACUAUUUAAUCAUCUUUUGUUACGCAUUUAUAAGUAUUACUUGGUAAAUGUGUAAGAAUAUGUAUGAUUUUUAAACAUUUACAUGUAUAUUUAAAGUUUAAUGAUACUAAAAAGGUACAUAAUGCUGAAUUAUAUUAGCCUAUAGAAUUUUGUUUGUUAAUGUAACAUUAAAUGACAAUUAUUUAAACAUUAGUAUAAUUGUUAACAUAAAACUUAUUAUUUGUUUGAAAAAUGUUACAUAUAUCCAAUUUGUAGUUAUUUAUAAUAAUCAUAAUAAUAAUAAAUGCUUUCAAUGGAUAAAAUAUCAAACCAAAUGUUUUUUGCUGUAUAACAUUUCCGAAGUAUAUAAAUUAUGCUUUUUAAUUUAUUUAUUUCCUGAACAAUAUUUUUCAUUUUUAUACAACUUCUAUUUAACUUUUUUCAUAGUAUUAAACCAAUGUAUAUCGUGAUAAUUAUUAUGAAAGUAUAUUUAUGCUAUGAUUCUAAUGUGUGAAAUGCUAUUAAUUAUAUUUUAUUAUGUCUUUUUCUUUAGACCAAAAUUGUAUUUAUAAUUUAUGUAUUAUAUAAGUUAAUUAUUAUCUGCUCAGUACAAGGAAAUAAAUAGGGUUUAUAUGAGCAUGAACUGUAGUUAUAUAAAGGAACAAUUGAACAUUAUUUAAAUGUAUAGUUUUCAUGAAAUCUAUACCUUAUUCAUAUUAUGGACUGAUAAAAAUGUGGCGGUUCAUUUAAAUUAUUAUUAUUUUUUUAAUUUUUAAGAUAUACAUCGAAUACAAUCAAUUAGAAAUUACAUAAAUUUCAAAAACAUUAAUUUCACAAUUGUUUUGGAUAAAAACAAAACAACUCUGAUGUAUAACUACUGUGAUAUUUGUUGUUAAAUGUUAAGUAAAUUUUUACCUCAGUUGGUUUUAAUUAUCACCCAGAUAAAGUGUAUAAGACUGUAUACAUUUAUACUUUUUUAAUAAAUCAAUUUUUUAAUACAUAUUUAAUUUGUAUGUUUUCAUUUAUUAUCUGGCACUAAAGUGAUUGUAUUCUUUUUUCAAUUGUUCGUUUUUUAUUUUUUGAUGUAUGAAUAAUGAUAGAUAAUUGUAUUCAAUGUAGUAUAAAAAUAUUAUAAUACAUUAUUACUUCUAGGUUGACCUUAUAUUUGUACUGAUUGAUAAUACAUAAAUUAUUUACAUAUUUGUUUAUGUAUAGUUAUAAUAUAAAUUAUUAUAAUCUUAAUAGUUUUUAACUAUCCACUGUGUCGCUUUCAUAUUAUUUCUAUGUAUAUUUUUUUAUUAUUACCAUAAAAUUAUUGUAUUCUAAUAAAAAUGAUUGUCAUCUGCAUUAAGCUGGUGUUAGGGUAAUAACCUAUUGGAACAAAAAUAAUAAACAUAUAAAAUAUGCACUA